GUUGGCGGGAGAUCAAAUUAACGGCGCGGAUUAAUCUGAGUUUUAAUAAUCCUGAAGUCUGGAUCCUCUGAGGCCACAUGGAGUGCAGCGGCAAGGUGACGCCCCAGCUGAUGCUGGCUGUGGGGACGGCUGUGAUCGGCUCUCUGCAGUUUGGAUACAACACCGGUGUCAUAAACGCGCCUCAGAAUAUCAUCGAGGGUUUCUACAAUGAGACGUGGAGCGGCAGGUUCUCGGAGCCCAUCGCUCGGAGCACUUUGACGGCUCUGUGGUCCCUCUCCGUGGCCAUCUUCUCAGUGGGAGGAAUGAUCGGCUCCUUCUCUGUCGGCCUGUUCGUCACCCGCUUCGGCAGGAAGAACUCCAUGCUCGGGGCCAACACGUUGGUGUUCUUCGCUGCUGCGUUUAUGGGUUUCUCAGAACUGGCAGCUUCCUUUGAGAUGCUCAUCGUUGGACGUUUCAUCAUUGGCAUCUACUCCGGCCUCUCCACGGGCUUCGUGCCGAUGUACGUAGAGGAGAUCUCACCGACAUCGCUCCGCGGGGCGCUGGGCACCCUGCAUCAGCUGGGGGUGGUCAUCGGGAUUCUCAUGGCGCAGAUCUUCGGGAUCGAGUCGAUCCUGGGGAACGCGUCGCUGUGGCCCCUCCUGUUGGGUUUCACUCUGCUGCCGGCCCUGCUGCAGUGCGCCCUGUUGCCCUUCUGCCCCGAGAGCCCCCGGUACCUCCUCAUCGACUGCAACGAGGAGAGCAAAGCCUGCAGCGUCCUAAUAAAGCUGCGGGGGACCGACGACGUGAGCGAGGACGUCCAGGAGAUGCGGGAGGAGAGCCAGAGGAUGCUGAGGGAGAAGAAGGUCACCAUCCCUGAGCUGUUCCGCUCUCCGGUCCACCGCCAGCCCAUCCUGGUUGCCAUCAUGCUGCAGCUGUCUCAGCAGCUGUCUGGGAUCAACGCCGUGUUUUACUACUCCACUGGGAUCUUUGAGCGAGCGGGGGUGUCCCAGCCCGUCUAUGCCACGGUCGGUGCCGGCGUGGUCAACACCAUCUUCACUGUGGUCUCCCUCUUCAUCGUGGAGCACGUGGGCAGGAGGCCCCUCCACCUCGUCGGUUUGAUGGGGAUGGCGGUUUCAGCCGUGUUUCUAACCGUUGCCAUGGCGCUGCUGGACCAGCUCAGGUGGAUGUCCUACGUCAGCAUUGUGGCCAUCUUCAGCUUCGUGGCCUUUUUUGAAAUCGGCCCCGGCCCCAUCCCCUGGUUCAUCGUGGCCGAGCUCUUCAGCCAGGGGCCCCGGCCCGCUGCCAUCGCGGUUGCUGGUUUUUGCAACUGGUCGGCCAACUUCCUGGUGGGGAUGUGUUUCCAGUACGUCGAGCAACUCUGUGGCCCCUACGUCUUCAUCAUCUUCACCGUCCUGCUGCUUGGCUUCUUCGUCUUCACUUACUUCAAGGUGCCUGAGACCAAGGGCCGCACCUUCGAGGAGAUCUCCGCAGGUUUCCGCCACUCGUCCGGUCAGGGCGCAGACAAGUAUUCAGCUCCCGAAGAGUUCAACACCCUGCGGGGUCACGACCCCGACCUGUGAGAGCUGCGACAACAUUUGUGCAACAAAAAGUCCCACUCCAGUUUUUAUACGAGUUCUUUACCUCAGACUGGUUUAAUAUUCACUCACACACUAAAGUCUCUUCUUUAGUUUGGUUUAGAUUUUAUCCAACCUAAAACAAACUCGCUGUAAAAAGAUUUUUUUUAAAUUAGUGUUAAAAUUAAUUGUAAAGCCCAUGGAAUGGGCUGGGG